UAGCUGUUGACAUAUGAAGUACUAUUUAAGUAGGGUUGGGGAAGGGUGAGGUGAAUUACUAUCCGAGGUUAGACUUGAGAUAGAUAAGUUAACUAGACAGGGUCGUUGUCGUUGUUGUUGGGCAGCAGCAGCAGCAGCAGCAAGAACAGCAGUGGUCGAGGCUCCUUGCAUAAAACUGUCCCCGUCCCGCCCAGUGGAUUGAUUCCACCUCGCUCUGUCUCUCUGUGUCACCGCAUGUAACUAUCUCUCUCUUCUUUUGCUGUUUCCCUGUCUAUCUUUCUUUCCCCUUAUCAUCAUACCCAUAAGAAAAUACACAUGCUGUUGCGGACCAUCAGCCACCCACCAAUCUCCUCCUCUCCUCUCAAAUUGAAGGCAAGAAACCCAGACAGAGAGUUUCGGUUGAAGGAGCCUUUCUCCCUUCUUGUCAGCCCCAACCCUCACCCGCGGUUCCAAGGCGGACGGAUCUGCUUCCCAUUGUUGGAAUUAUGUACCACAACAUCAAAUCACAUCAUGGACAUUUAAUCGACGUCACUGGAUGGUUUGCCACUCCUAUUCGGCAUCGUUUCCAUUUGUCCCCUCAGACGCGAACUCCAGAGGACCGUUGAACGAACAUAGGUUGAAAACUCCUUUGAAUCCAAGGUCAGAGUAUGGUGGCCAUGUAUGUAUGUAGUGUGUGGUGCGUGGUUCGUGUGGAAUGGAAGUUCUGGAAGACCUGCCAAUGACUCGCGGCAUUUCCCCCUCUGAUUCAUGCGCUUACACGCGGGGAUCGACCACGCGUUCGAUCACUAGACUAAGUACUGUAGGUUCUAUGCAUGGGGG